AUGCAGCGGUCCCUUAAAAUCCACAAUUAUCAUUUUCUGAUGUAAGUUUAAGAUUAGCGAAAAUUUUGAGAAAAAUAAUGUAGAAGUUUCAGGCUUCCGAACAAGAAGAUGGUUCGUUUAGACAGGACAUUCAAAGAAAUCAACAACUUUUCACGGAACGGGCAAGUCAAGUUAGUUUAUUUUGAGGUUUGGGGGGGGGGAAAAACUAACAGGUGAGAUUUGAGCUUCAUUGAAAAAUAUUGGGUAAAGUUUUUUAUUAAUAAUUACUAUUGAUGUUAAAGAAAAGUUGUAUAUAAAUUACUAUCUUUAAAUGAUUAGAUGAAGCUUUGAAUUACACUUGAAGCUAAAGGAUCAGCUUCCACAUUUUAUUGAAAAACAAACUAUGAAAUAUUUCAUAGGAAGAUUAAUUUUUUCAUAGUUUUAUGCACGCGAUUUCCGUUUUGUUUUGAAUUUUUUUUUGUUUUAUAAUCUAUAUCUCAUUAAAGGGUUGGUGUUCCGACAGAGAAUCUUGCUUGGAAAAUUCUAGUAGUAACUCACAAUCAGCCCAUGUUUUUCCUCGAAACCACAGACGAGUUAAAACCUAGGAAAUAAAACAAGUAAAUGCGCUCCAGCGCACAACUUGUUUUUGUAAAUUCGUACGUGUGUUUGCAUACAACUUUGAACACGGAAUCAGGAGUAAAACUUUUUACCUUGAAAGCCAAGUUUCACUAAAAAUGUGAACACUGAUGUCAAAUUUGUCAGCCGUUUCUUUCACGUGAUUUUCCAAUUCACGUUCAAACUUUCAAGGAAAAAAUAACACAGUGCAAAUAAAACAUUUUGAUAACAAGCCGAGCAAUACUCACACAUCGUUCUGUUUUUUUCUUUUUCUUUUGAAUAAAACACGAAAAACCUAAUCAGCGCUUCACACAAAUAUCACAGAUCUUCGAAAAAAUGAGUACAAAAGGAGAGUUGGAAAAGUAUUCAUCACCAAACCAAGAAAAAUGAACUUUUCUAUUAUUCUUCUGUCGAUCUUCUCGAUUUCUACAGUUAAUGCUCAAAACCCAUGCAAUGAUUUAUUUGAUGUUUAUAUUUAUGAUGUUUGUUAUCGAGUUUUCACAACACCAGAAAAUUAUACUCAAGCUCAACAAACUUGUUAUGAUAUGAAUAGACCAUUGGCUAUUUUGCAUAAUGGAAUGCAAGGAAGUUACUUAGCUAGUGAGUUAAACUUAAUUCAACGCUGAAAAAAAAUUAUAUUGAUAGCUCUUGUGAACGCUGAAACUGGAGUCAACAAUGGUGCUUUCUGGAUUGGACUACAAAGAGAAACCAAUACAUCAAAAUUCUAUUGGGCCGAUGGAAGUUCAAUGCAUUGGACAUUUUGGAAUAUCGGAUAUCCAGGAACUAAAUACAAUCAAGUUGCCGUAAGCACAUUGAAUGGAAGAUGGAUGACAUUGGAUGAAUCUGAUAAACAUGUUUUUGCUUGUAGUUUUGAUCCAAAAAGUGUGACAACAACCACAACUUCGAGACCAACAGAACCAGCAUCAACAACUCUUUAG